AAACGAAAUGCGUGGUUUAUCUUCUCGCUGACUCUAUUUCCAACGAGAUUCGAUCCUUCCCAUCUUCUCCACAUGAUCACAUCACCAAUGGACUAAUCACAAAACCACACACAGCAACACACUCAGAGCACAGCCUAAUGGGGUUCGAAUCCGAGGAUCCCAAUCGUUUCGAGGAGGCGGUGGUCUUGGGCGUCGACGGUGGCGCCACCUCCACUGUCUGCGUCUGCCUGCCUCUCCUCCCAUUGUGCGAGCGUCGCCAGCUGCCCGAUCCUCUUCCCGUUCUGGGCCGCGCCGCCGCCGGCUGCUCCAACCACAACAGCCUUGGAGAACAAGCUGCUAGAGAAACACUUGAACAUGUUAUAAGCGAGGCACUUUCAACAGCUGGAAAGAAUCAUUCAGCAGUUCUUGCUGUUUGCUUAGGGAUUUCUGGUGUGAACCAUCCAUCGGAUCAGGAGAGAAUAUUGAUAUGGAUGAGGAAUAUUUUUCCUGGUAAUGUAAAGAUAUAUGUAAAAAAUGAUGCUGUAGCAGCUCUUGCUAGUGGGACAAUGGGGAAACUACAUGGCUGCGUUUUGAUAGCUGGUACUGGGUGCAUUGCUUAUGGAUUUGCUGAAGAUGGAAGAGAAGCUCGUGCUGCGGGUGCAGGACCUAUAUUAGGUGACUGGGGCAGGUUAGCCAUUAAUGGAGUUGUUCUAGUCAGUAAUAGGGAUGAUCUGUUUCAGUUAGAUCGAUAUCCUGUUGCUGUUUUCAGUGGUUACGGAAUCGCUUCUCAGGCACUGACAGCAGUGGUGAAGGCUCAUGAUGGGCGUGGCCCGGAAACUAUGCUUACAAAUUGUUUCUUGAAAUCGCUGGAUCUUACCUCACCAGAUGAGAUCAUAGGGUGGACCUAUGCAGAUUCAUCUUGGGCUAGAAUAGCAGCACUAGUCCCUCUCGUGGUAUCUUGCGCAGAAGAUGGCGAUCAAGUUGCACAUGAGAUAUUGAUUAAUGCAGUCCAAGAGUUGGCUCUAAGUGUAAAGACUGUCGUUCAACGACUAUGUUUGGCUGGGGAAGAUGGAACUGAUUCUUUCCCAGUUGUCUUAGUUGGUGGUGUCCUUGAAGCUAACAAGAGGUGGGACAUCGGGAAGGAAGUUACUGACACAAUUUUGAAGGCCUUCCCAGGGGCUUUUCCCAUUAGACCAGAGGUGGAACCUGCAAUUGGGGCUGCAUUGUUCGCAUGGACCAGCUUGAUGAAAGAAAUGGAAGCAAAUGGCCACAGAUGACAUUAUAAAUAUCCAGAAAAUUUGCUGAAUAUAUUAUUACUGGACCGAGAGAGUUCCAGCUUAUUACGCUAAGGUAAAUUGUAACUAUAAAUGUUGUUGGGAAUCUCCAUUUAUAAUUACCUCAUGUAACAUAUUGGACAUUUAAUGCUUAAAAAAAAAUUGUAGUUGGACAUUCAGUUUGAGUGAGUACCAAUUUGCCCCAAAACUAGUCAACUGCACCAACCGAUUCUUUCGAUGAUAAAUCUGUUUCACUUCAAAAGAGAUUGCCCAUAACUUUAACAAAUGAUGACAUCAGCUUAAUUGUUGAUUUGCAUUUGUUGUUUCAAUGGUUUUAUGAGUUUAAAUCGGUUUAUUUGGCUCCCUAUAGCUCAGCAUUUGCAUUUUUCGGACAAAAGCUACACAGUACACAAAUG